CCUUUCUCGACUCUAGUGAUUCCACAGCAUUUUCUGGGCUUGAGCGACGAAAUCUCUAGUUUUUUCUCCGGCAAUUCGUUGGGUUUGAUUUCUUGUGUUCUCUCGUAUGCUCUUUGGAGCAAUCUGGAGUUGCUGAUUGCGCAAGUGGAUACAAUUUUUGAGUUUGUUUGUUUUCUGAAAUCUGGGUGGAUGGAGAACGAGAGCGUCGUGAGUGAUGAGAUGUACCCUGAUGAGCAUGUAAGUUAUGAGCUGGAAACUGAGGAGAUCAUUGCUCAAUCUCCGAAGAAAGACUUCGAGGAACUUACAGUGGAAGGAGGAGAAGGGAGUGAUGUGGUUUUUGCUAGAGAGGCUCCUCUGAUAGGUAAAGACCAAGCUCGGAGCAAAUGCAGUGGUUGUAGUGCUGAGAAACUGAAAUGCAGAGACGGUAUUGAUCUUCUUGAGGAUGGAAAUCUCGGGAAAGAGAAGAAGCUUAAUAGACAGGACAGAAUCGAAUUUGGACGGCUCUUCCAAGGCGCUCUUAGCUCACAGGAUUGGGAACUUUCCGAGAGGCUGAUUCUUCUGGCUGAUCCACAAACUUUGAAUGAUUUGCUGUGUAUCAGUCUGGAUUCUAUUUGGUUCUUGAGCACAGAGCACGAGCGACGAGGAAUCACGGGGCUGAUUGCGAAGAUCAUAUGUCAUGGUGCUCAUGACUAUACUAGAGCUACACUUAGGACUUCGUUUCUUGCUUCAUGCGUCUCUUCUUGCCAGAGCCGGACAGGGAGUCUUACUGAUACUGUAGCUGUAAUGGCUCAAAGGUUGCACGAGCGUCUCCAAGAGUGUAACGGUGAUGAGGUCUUAAAAGCAGAAGCUGGAGCCAAAGUUCAAAAGUUUACCGAAUGGGCCCUGAAAUGCAUAGGUUUCCACUCCCGAUGCCAGGGUGCUAAAGAUAAACCUAACCAAGACUCAGCUGUCGAGAUCCAACUCCAGCUUUCUGCUUUCAAGAUGUUCUUAGAUCUUGCAGGAAACCAUCUAUCAGGAAAGGAUUUCACGGAAGCCUUUGAUGCAGCUUGCUUCCCGCUUACACUGUUCUCUACCUCUUUCAAUCCUGGAUGGGCUUCUGGAAUCUCGGCUACUGUCAUAUAUGGGUUGCUCAGUAUGCUGGUGGAAGGAGGCGCAGAUAACGUAAACCAGUGCUUUCUUGAAGCUUCUCGUUUCGGGAGCACGGAACUUGUGCGCAUCUUGCUGCAGAUUGCUCAAAGGAAUAGCUUAGACGUGGAUGUAGACUUAGCCCUGGGUUUUGCCUCGCAUUAUAGUAAAAUCGAAACAAUGGACUGCCUUGUGGAAGAAGGUCAUGCCAUUGCUUUCUUGGGUCCCUUGAUGAGAGCAGCAGAGAGAGGUUGCAUGCAAGUUGUCGAAUGGUUUGUGAAAAGAGGCUGUCGUGAAAUGGAGCUAUGCUUGGCUCUCACAGCCGCCACUUCAAGCAGCCAGGUCGAGAUCGCUGCUUAUCUCCUUCCUCAUGUACCAAGACCCGUCCUCACUGCUCUCAGCGUCGAGAUCCUCAAAGCAGCCGGCGAGAGAAGCGGUGGUUCCCUCUACGGAGUAGAGUUUCUCCUUAAAUCAGAUUUCUUGGGGGAUCCGGUAGCCACUUAUUCAGUUGCAGACACCAUUGCAAAGUCAGAAGACGAGUCUGUUCCUUCAGAGCUGAAAGCGUUUCUCCAAGAACACUGGUCAGAGGCUGCAUUCAACCAAGGAUCGAAGGAAAGCCGCGAGAACUUCAUGAAUUUCAUGAGGGUUUUGAAGAUUGGUGAGUCUGCGAUAUGUUUGAGGGAUCUUCCAGCUCCACUUAGGGUUGCAAUAGCUUACAUGCCGCUGUACAGAGAGUGUGUGAAGGCGGGUGGGAGGUUGCUCUCACAGAAGCUAAGGGGACAGCUCAUGGAAGCCGUGAAGCAGCUUCAAGGCUUCGAUGUAGACACAGAAGAAGUAAACAAAGGUCAUCAUCAUCAGCUCAUGGCAGUAGUGGAGCAUCACCUUCCUCUUUUUUUGGUCAAAGCUUCUUCACAC